GGAAGGAAUGGUCAAGAUCGAGCAAACCCGCAGGCACAAAGAGCUGGUAGAGGAGUGGAGAGACAAUGGCGCACUAGGACCAAAGCCUGAGGCGCCCAACGUAGCAAACUCGGCGUCGUACACUAACGCGAAGACUGCCGCAACUAUUGCAGAGUUAGUUGAGCACUGGGAAGGUAUAAGCAAGAACUUGAGCUGCACUAUACGUGACCCAAUCGUGCAAGGCUGGAUCCGCAACCCCCUCUCCGGAGACUUCACCACGCUCCUCGAUCGCCUAACUGCCAACUGCGCAAAGCUAGCCGAAACACUCAAGCUUUGCGAAAAAGUCCAGCAGGAAAAGAGACUCGAUGGGACGAGGGCCAAGAUCACUAUCGCAACUCGAUCCCCACUCGCUCUAGCAUGCUGGUACAAUCGACUGGUCCAAAAAUACGACAGCAAGCAAAUCUUACUGUACAAAGCCGGAGCGACGCCCAACGAGCGGAAGAAGUUGCAAUCCGAUUUUGACGACGACGAGAGCAAAUGGGUUAUGAUGUGCACGCUCCAUUCUGUCAUGACUAGUAUUAACUUGCAACGAGCCAACUACAAUCUUAUGGUCGAGCCUAGCCACAAGAUGUCCGAGAUCCAGCAGUACUUCCAUCGCUCCGACCGCCGAGGCCAGACGGAGAAGAUUGUGCACGGGUACCUCCUCAUCAAUUCAUGCUCUUCACUAGAAAGGAGGAUGUUGCGAUCUAUGGACUUCUCCGAACUGUUGGACGAGCAGGUGUACAAGGUAAAGGAUGGUGUCAAGUCUAAAGGACGCGGCACCAAGUACGACGCCAUCGUGAUAACGUAGCGGUAAGGCAACACUGCGUCAUCGGCACGGCGGAGCUCGAGCUCAAUGUCAGAACACAACGUUGGCUUAGGAUGAUACGCCUACUUGAUGUGGGCAGUGGCUUUAUAGCAAGCCUUGCUGCUGGAGAAGAGUAGCGUAUAUGGAGGCUGGAAGGAAGCAUACUACUAGUUUAGAAAGAGUAGCAUA